AUGGGUGUCUUCUGCAUCCGUGUCUCCACUGGGUGCUCGAUGUACGCGGGCUCCACAGACAAAGUCCACCUGUGCAUGGAGAAGCAUCUCUCGGGUGCGGAACUCGGUGAGCUUCACAGAGCUGAGGCUAGGCUGGAGGUGGAAUUCCAGGUGGAUGUGUCAGAGCACCUGGGGCCCCUGCUGUUCGUGAAAGUGCAGAAACUCCAUUACUUUCUGGAUGACGCCUGGUUCUGCAACUGGAUCUCUGUGAAGGGCCCGGGAGACCAGGGAGCAGAGUACAGGUUCCGCAUCCUGAGCCUCCCUGAGGGCACCGGCUGCACUGUGGUUGAAGACACUCAAGGCCUGUUCAGGAAGCAUAGAGAAGAGGAACUGGAAGAGAGAAAGAGUCUGUACCGGUGAGACAACUGGAAGAACGGUGGUAUCCUGAACGUGGCCGCGACCAGCUUGUCUGACCUUCCUGUAGAUGAGCGAUUUCGAGAGGACGAAAAAGUUGAAUUUGAAGCUUCGAGGGUUUGGGGGAAAGCAGAUGUCCUUCUCAACUUUCCUAUAAAUUCUCUGACCUCCUGGAAAGACCUAGAUGACUUCACAUGGGUUUUCAAGCUUGGCCACACCAAACUGGCUGAGCGGGUUCGAAGCUCCUGGAAAGAGGAUGCUUUCUUUGGGUACCAGUUUCUCAAUGGUGCCAACCCCACGGUGCUGAGGCGAUCUACUCAACUUCCUUCCCGUCUGGAAUUCCCUCGGGGGGUGGAGAAGCUGCAGGCCGAACUGCACAAGGAGCUGGAGGAAGGCACUCUGUUUGAAGCCGAUUUCUCCCUUCUGAAUGGGAUCAAGGCCAAUGUCAUCCAAAGCAGACAGCAGUACCUGGCUGUCCCUUUAGUCAUGCUGAAGCUGCAGCCAGAUGGGCAACUCUUGCCCAUGGCCAUCCAGCUUGAACUGCCCAAAACUGGAUCGGACCCACUGCCAAUUUUUACACCCGUGGAUCCCCCAGUGGACUGGCUCCUGGCCAAAUGCUGGGUCCGUAGCUCUGACAUGCAGCUGCAUGAGAUACAGUCUCAUCCCCUGAGGGGACACCUGAUGGCUGAAGUCUUUUCUGUGGCCACCAGGAGGACCCUGCCUUCAGUGUACCCUGUUUUUAAGGUCAUUAAGAGUCAGUAA